AUGACUUCCCCACCCGCCGUUGGCAGCCUCUUCGCCAUUGAAAUCCCCAUCACAGACCUCUCGCGCUCCCAAAAGUUCUACUCGGAGCUCUUCGGGUGGCAGUUUGCUCCCAACGCACUCCCCAAAGGAACCGAGAAUGUAAAAUCACUGCAUUUCUUUAGCGAUGCCUCCAACUCUAUCAAGGGUGCUUUGCUGCUUCUUGAAGAGGGUGCCACGCCCAAGGCAGCUGGUAAGGAAGCGUGGAGCGUGUAUCCCACGUUCGUUGUGAGUGAUGUUGGUGAGGCUAUUGAGAAGGCCGAGGGGCUUGGUGGGGGUGUCAAGACUCCUCGAACGGAGAUUCCGAAUGGUAUGGGUGUAGUUGGACAUGUUGUUGAUCCAGACGAUAACAUCAUUGGCCUCUGGUCGCAGAAGUGA